AAACGUGGGACGUUACGAGCUAUCCAUGUAAAUAAAUUCGAGUUUUCAGAGCAGUUUCUUCUUAACACAGGACUGAGAAGAAGAAAAAGAGGGGAUAAUCAAAUAACGUUAGCUGCAGUCUACGAUGCUUGACAAGCUCCUUCUCAGUGCAUAUUUCAUCCUUUUGGCUGGAAAAUGGUCCCACGGAAAAGAUUACACUCCAGCAAACUUUACCGCGUACAUGAAGUUGUCUGCUGAAAUCGAUGAAGAUAAUUCUAGACUAGGCUCCCGAGCAAGGCUAGGGCGGCCAUCGGUCACUUGGGAAUGUGAACGAGUAACGAGAGUCCCUUCGCAUGUUCAACGUGGAUAUCGUUUAAGCACCUUCUACCAGAAGUACUUGCACGCAUUCGGUAUACCUGUCAUAAGUUCCAAUAGAGUUCAGAAUGAUGCACUAAAGAGAGCAUGCUACGUUGUUGUAUUUCUAUUCGCCGACCGCCAAGAUAUUCGCUCGUGGUUUUACAAGCGUUAUGGACGUGCAGGUGUGAUUGCCUACAGUGAGGGUGUCACGAGUAUUCCUGAGCACUCGUGGCUCGGAAGCUGGUGGAACCAACGGGCAAGGGGAUUGGGGGCGACCAUUAGACAUCCAAUAUCUACAGGUGGAGAAGAAAACCUUCUUUGCGACAGAAGGAGAGACCGCUAUCCCAGAGAGGACAUUUUCCUUCACGAGUUUAUUCACGGACUACAUAACUUAGGAAUAGCCUCAAACGGUGCAAUUCCAAACUUCGAUGGCAGGCUGAGCCAGCGAUACAACUACCUGAGACAGACAGGCGCGAGAUGGAGAAAUACCUACGCUAUGUCUACUGACCGGGAGUAUCUCGCCGAAGGUGCCCAGAGUUUUUUUGAUUGUAACGAUGAACAGAUUCCAACAAACGGAAUCCACAACCACGUCAACACCAGGAUAGAGUUGGCGAGUUACGACCCAGUACUUUAUGGAUUUCUCCUGGAGAUUUUCCCUUGUCGGAACAAAUAUGUAAAGCGAUGCGAUUGGCGAAGGGGAAAUAGGCAAGUUCGCUUCAAAAUGAACUGUGACAGAAGUGGCAGAGGAACCCUGAUGGAUUUUCAUACGAAGCGACCUGUAGGAUCGAAACCGCCAACGGCAUCCCCGCCCAACACCACUCCUCCUCCGGCUCCCAAUACUCCCCCAGCUCCUAACACCCCUCCACCCCCUAAAACAUCUCCCCACCCGAACACCCCACCUGCCCCAAAUACCCCUCCCCCACCAAAACCUCAAACUCCUCGACCACCAGUGAAUUGCAAAGAUCUCCAUUUUAGCUGCCCUUCUUGGGCAAGGAGAGGCGAAUGCACACGCAACCCAGGAUACAUGUUAAAGAACUGUAUGAAAAGUUGCAACAAGUGCAGUGGAGGUGGAGGAGGAAACUGCGUUGAUAAAAACCGAAACUGCAGAUGGUGGGCCCGAUAUGGUGAAUGUCGGAAGAAUCCAGGCUUUAUGUUGGCUUCGUGCAAGAAGAGCUGCCGUCAGUGUUGAAGGAGGGAAAAAAAAUAUCCAUGUACGUGAUGUGGGAAACAGACUUAGAAUUCUGGAUCGAGUCUUUUUUUUUUGCACUCGGAUUCUCUAAGAGAUCGAUGUUGACACGAAGAUACUGAAAAAUCAUUAUUUGAAAUCGGGUCCGAAAGGGUGUCUUAAUAAAAUGCACAAUUUCUCUGU